GUGGGCCUCGGCGCCCAGGCCCAGCCUUUCGCUGCUGCCGGGGCAGGUCUCGCCGAGCGGCUCCCGGGCGCUGCUCGCGCGCGCCGCGGCGGUCUGCACGGGCGUGCGGGCGGCGGCGGCGCCGUGCGGCCGGCUGGGCCGGGCGCGCCUGCCCGAGGAGGAGUGA